AUGGCGGAAUCCUGUCCUAGACCUAAAUUCGCAAAGAUUGUACUCGGUAUUGGAUGUUUUUUCCUUGGUGUUACCGUUGUUUGUUUUUUAGCUGGUGGUCCACUCUAUCUUCAAGAGUAUAAUAAAAUGCGAUUCUAUGUGAAGGAUUCAUGUCGUGUUCGAUCAGCGGGCUAUGAUAGAAACGAUAAAUGCCCUGGAGAAAGUGGGACGAAAUCCCGAAUAUAUAGAGUGUGCUAUAUAGCAGUUUGGCAUGUUGAAUUUGGUCCAAAUAGAAUAUUUAAAGCAACUAUACGAAGCGACAGACAUGGGUCUUAUCAAUCCGUAGACAGUACAUCUGAAAAAUAUAAGGCUGGUUCUUCGUAUCCAUGUUGGUAUAAUUCAAAAAAACCAUCGCAAGUAACAUGGUAUGGUCCAGUCACUAUUUAUUCUUUCAUUUUACUUUUAAUUGGUGCAAUAUCAAUUCCAUUUGCCAUCAUUUUUUUGAUCGCUUUCUGUCGCCUACGAACUCGUGCUGAUUUAUAG